GCGAGGCGCAGCUGAUUCUCUGGGCUGAUCACGAUACAUUCGCGACUGGAACAUAGAUGUAUAGAAACAUCCUCAUUCCGCGAUCGUGAUCGAUUCUUGUCUCGCAGCGUUUCACUCGAACAGCAUAAGCUGGUUAUAUUCGACAUCGUCAACUCCUCAUCGCCAUCGUCCUUGUCCCUCUCGCGAAACCCACAUAAACGCCAGCCUUGCCCCGCAUCCUCUCCACGAUUCGAGCCAUCUCUGGCAGCUGCGCACAGCGUACGAUUGAAACGACAGUCACUUCCGGCGGCUGCGAGCCUGCCUAUUCGUCGCAGGCAAUAUGUCUUUGCAAACAAUGCUCAACAAGCUGCACGGUCAGCCCGGCAGCUAUGAUCGCAAAAGCAAAUAUCGCAUGGGUCGAACUCUAGGCGCCGGCACCUAUGGUAUCGUCAAGGAAGCGGAUGGCCCUACGGGCAAGGUUGCGAUCAAGAUCAUCCUCAAGAAAAACGUCAAGGGAAACGAUCAAAUGGUAUACGACGAGCUGGAGAUGCUGCAAACCUUGACCCAUCCACACAUUGUCAAGUUCGUCGACUGGUUCGAAUCGCGAGACAAAUACUACAUUAUCACACAACUCGCAACAGGUGGAGAGCUGUUCGAUCGGAUUUGCGACAAGGGACGAUUCACAGAAAAGGAUGCCUCGCAGACCAUUCGGCAAGUGCUCGAGGCAGUGGAUUAUCUCCACUCAAAGGACGUGGUCCAUCGGGAUCUCAAGCCUGAGAAUUUACUUUACUUGACGCGCGAGGACGACUCCGAGAUCGUGUUGGCUGAUUUCGGUAUCGCCAAGCAUCUCGACAGUCCCGAUGGCGUGCUGAAGACGAUGGCGGGCUCCUUCGGUUACGCUGCUCCAGAAGUCAUGAUGAAACGGGGUCAUAGCAAGCCUGUGGAUAUGUGGUCUCUGGGUGUCAUCACAUACACUCUUCUUUGUGGCUACUCGCCCUUUCGCUCGGAAUCCCUCGCAGAUCUGAUCGAGGAGACGAAGAACGGCCGUGUCAUCUUUCACGAGCGUUACUGGAAGGAUGUCUCGCAAAACGCCAAAGACUUUAUCCUCAGUCUUUUGAAGGCAGACCCAUCAGCGAGAGCGACGAGUCACAAAGCCUUGCAGGACCCGUGGAUUGCUGGUCGCGGUGCCACCGACCACAAUUUGUUGCCCGAGAUUCGUGCGCUUCAAGCACGCAUGCGCCUGAGGCGCGGAGUCGAGCUUGUAAAGCUUGCCAACCGUAUCGAAGCCCUGAGGAUGCAGGAGGACGAGGAGGAGACGGCAGACAUUCCCGAAGAUGCGCAAAAAGCCGCGCAUGAAGCUCAAGAGGCUCAUGCUCCUGGAGGUUUGCUGCCGCCGGUCGCAGAUACUGGUCGGAAGCGCAGCUUGUCGAGUUUAGCCAAGAGUGGAAUCUUCCGAGAGGUCGUACUCGCCAAGGUUCGAGACUCAAAGGCUGAAGAGGAGCAGCAAAGGAGCAUUACCCAGGCAUCGACAUCUUCUUCGAAAUAACGACAUCGAAUGUUAUUCUUUUCAAAUAAAUACUCUGCAAGCACCUAAGAUUCCCACGUAAUGAUUUACAUUCAUCGUCUAAUCGCUUGCAAACGCUCAAUAUACUGUCACAAAAGGUGCAGCCUGCGAAGGACCUGUGCGCCGACAUGCGU